AUGUCCUUUGUCAUUCGAACACCUUGCUCCUCCGCCAACAUUGGCCCUGGGUUCGACGUGAUCGGCCUGGCACUGUCCCUCCACCUCGAACUCCACGUCACCAUCGACCCAAAAUCAUCCUCGGACCUGCCAUUGAACUGCCAAAUCACCUAUGAAGACCAAAGCAAAAGUACCGAAUCCAUCAGCCUGGACCCCGAGGUCAAUUUGAUCACCCGAGUAGCCCUGUAUGUGCUACGAUGCCAUAACCAACGAGCCUUCCCCGCCGAGACCAAGGUGCACAUUAUCAACCCCAUCCCACUAGGCCGAGGCUUGGGGUCAUCGGGAACGGCUGUGGUGGCGGGAGUGAUGCUGGGCAAUGAAGUUGGUCGCCUGGGCCUGAGCAAGGAGCGAUUGCUGGACUAUUGUUUGAUGAUUGAACGGCACCCAGACAAUGUGGCUGCAUCGCUCUUCGGAGGCUUUGUGGGCACGUAUCUCAACGAACUGAAGCCCGAGGAUGUGGCACGGAUAGAAAUCCCGCUCAGCGAAGUCUUGCCUGCUCCAGCCGGUGGCAUUGACACGGGAAAAUUCAACUGGGCCAAGGAAAUCAAGGCUAUCGCCAUUAUCCCGGAUUUUGUGGUUCCCACUGCUAAUGCUCGCGAUGUGCUUCCCAAGACGUACACGAGAGCAGACGUGGUCUUCAAUCUCCAACGCGCGGCUUUGCUCCCCGCAGCCCUGGGAAGCUCCCCACCAGACCCUGAUAUGAUUUUCCUGGCCAUGCAAGACAAGGUGCACCAGCCGUACCGCAAGACUCUGAUCCCCGGGUUGACCGAGAUUCUCCAAUCCAUGACCCCUGCCACGCAGCCCGGUCUGCUGGGGAUAUGUCUUUCUGGUGCAGGACCGACCAUCCUGGCUCUGGCGACGGAUCGCUUCACCGAGAUUGCAGACCGCAUUAUCGCACGGUUCGCUUCCAACAACAUCUCGUGCCAAUGGAAGCUGCUGGAGCCCGCCCAGUCGGGGGCCACUGUGACCCCGAACUAG